GUUGGUGGCGGUAAUUCACAAAAACGUUGUUUGCAAGCUGCCAGAAAACACCAAGAAGAAAAGGAAUGCAUUUUAUUUUGAAAUCUAGUACAGGAAGUGGCAUUUUUUUGUAGUCCGAUGUGUUCAGUGGUGUCGUAACGUGAAGUAAGGUCAACCAGAGGCUGUUUAAAUCAGCUAACACUGCUUUUUAAAGUAAGUCAGCAUGCAGCACUUAUUUAACAUUUAUCAUAAUUAAUUAUUUUUUGAUUAACUGAUAAAAACAAACAGCGAAAACUCACCGUGUCACACAGACAGACAUCAGAUCCUCCCUCAGUCCGCUCAACACCUGAAAACCUCAGGAGACUUCUCAGCCAAUCAGAGCUCCUCCAGUCGGACUGACAUGAGUUGUUUCAGUUUUUUGUAAGAUCAAAGUACAACGAAACUCAGGAGGCAAAGUGGAGCACUGUGGUGCGUUUAGCGUCCUCUGUGUUCAGUCUUACUAUCUAGACUCCUUCAGGAUUCAUUGAACCUUCAGGGCAGGUUUUUAUUCUUCAGUCGGCCUCCAGAGGAACAGUGAGCUCCUAUGAGCUCGGCCUGUUGAGUUAAAAGUUUUAAUUUUUAGAGAGAUGUUUGAGGUUUUCAAAUUGACUUCCAUACAGAACGGAGAGACUCCUUUUGUAGCGACAUCUAGUGGACAUUAAGUUGAAAAUACUCUGCUCCUGGCACAGCUACCUGGUGUCUGUUUUAGUCCGUUUAAGAAGAAGGGUCUCCGGUCUGUUGUGGGCGAGUUUGUGCGAUGGCUCGUCACAGUAAGCUACAGAAGCAGGUCCUGUCUCUGUACCGGCAGUUCCUGCGGGCCGGCCAGGACAAACCAGGCUUCAUCCCCCGAAUCCGCGACGAGUUCAAAGAGAACUCUCGCAUCAAGAAGUCGGACGUGAUGCACAUCGAGUAUCUGUACCGACGAGGGCAGAGGCAGCUGGAGCAGCUGAAGGACGUCAACACCAAACAGCUGGGAUCCUUCUCCAAACCUGGAGAGAAGAGCUGACCUCACAUCUGUGUGACAUCACGGGACCCUGAAGUACACCAACAAAUACCUCCCAAAGACUUGCUCACUGGUUAUGAGACGCUGCGUUGAGAUUACGGAGAAAUUGAUGUGAUCAACAUAAAAGAAGCAUGUUAUAAGUGUUAUAAAACAGAUGUAAUACAGCAUCACUUUGACUGUUUAGACUUCUGAAAUGAAUUCAUUUCACUUGAUGGUGAUAAUAAACAAAGUGAUGUGGACAA